AUGGUUACAAUCGCACGUGGAAUUGACUAUUUAGGAAAAAAGCGAAUACUACAUAGAGAUUUAAGAGCAGCUAACGUGCUAAUCAAUGAUAACCUAGAGACGAAAAUUUCUGGGUUUCAUCUUGCUAAAGUUCUUAAGGAAGACGAAGAUGAAUACAAAGUGUAUCACGGUGAGAAGUAUCCUAUAAAAUGGACAGCACCAGAGGCUGCUUUGUAUGGCAAGUAUACCUUAAAGUCGGAUGUAUGGUCAUUUGGUAUCAUUUUAGUGGAAUUGACAACAUUUGGAAAUGUGCCAUACAGGGGAAUUACAAAUAUGGAAUAUUUAGAGAGACUUGAAAUGGGAUUCCGACAUGAAAAACCAGAUAACUGCCCCGAAAAUAUUUAUGAGAUUAUGCUGAGUUGCUGGAACAAGGAACCGUCAAAAAGACCUACUUUUGAGUACCUAUUCAACUACUUUGAUGAUUACGAAGUGUAUGCGGAAUUUCAGAAGGAAGAAAUCGACAAGUAUCUUAGAUCCGGCAAAAAUAACGGAGAACAAAUUCAUAUCCUAUAUGGAAAAGAAGAUGAACACGAAUAUUGUGAGGUAGAAGGGUACUACACAGAAGCUAGUAGACUUGACGUGCGUAGUGUUGACAAUACCUUACAAUUUACAUUGCCUCCCCAAAUUCCGAAAUUAGGUAUCAAUGCAAAAAAGUCAUCCACAAAUAAACAGCAUAUUUAUGAAAAUGUUGAUGCUAGUUCGAAUAGUGUGGAAGACACGAAGUUGAAAUUACACCAAGUUGACACAGCAGGUGAUCUAGCAUUAUAUAAAUCAGAACAAGAAUCUAGUGAGGAAGAAGGAGACCACAAAGACGCUAGUGGAGUUGACGAGCAAUCAGAUGCAUCAGAUGUUGACAAAAACUCACAAUUUGCAUUGCCUCUCCGAAUUCCAGCAUUAGGAAUUAAUACAAAAAGGUCAUCCACAAAUAAACAGCAUGUUUAUGAAAAUGUUGAUGUUUGUUCAAUUAAUUUGGAAGACAUGAAGCUGAGAUUACAGGAAGUUGACACAGCAGAUACCAUUACAACAUGUGAUGAUAUACCAGUCUAUCUCUCAGAGGAAGAAGAGGAAGACAAUAAGAAACCUUGUGGAAUAGAAGUACACUUAGACGCAUCAGCAGAACAAGAAUAUAGGGAGGAAGAAGGAGACCACAAACACGCUAGUGGAGUUGACGUGCAAUCAGAUGCAUCAGAUGUUGACAAAAACUCACAAUUUGCAUUGCCUCUCCGAAUUCCAGCAUUAGGAAUGAAUACAAAAAGGUUAUCCACAAAUAAACUGCAUCUUUAUGAAAAUGUUGAGGUUUGUUCAAUUAAUUUGGAAGACACGAAGCUGAGAUUACAGGAAGUUGACACAGCAGAUACCAUCACAACAUGUGAUGAUAUACCAGUCUAUCUCUCAGAAGAAGAAGAGGAAGAUCGACAAUAAUGAACCUUGUGGAAUAGAAGUACACUCAGACGCAUCAGCAGAUAAUAGAUCCUGAAAUCUGGGUUGACUCCUCGUAAUUUAGAACUAUAAAGUGACUCAAAACGGUAAUACGAAUGGACAAGACGCCAUCUAGUUUCUAGUCCUGUUAUAUUUGAUGUAUUUCCCUCAGUUUUAGUUUGUAAGCCGGAUUUGGGUUUUUUUUUGUCAGUCGAUUUAUAAAUUUCGAAGAGUAGUAUACUACUGCUGUCAUUAUCUAAGACAGUAUCGUUAUGAUUUUGUUUGAAUUACAACAUGUGUAGUUUGUCUUGCAUUGGUGCUAGAGAGAAAAAGAAAGAAAUAAUGUAACACACAGUACAGAUCCAGUAUAUUUAUGAUCAACUUGACAGCAGUAUAUGACUCGACUAUACCAUGAUAGAAACAAGAGAUAGAGAAAAGAGACGUAGAAUUUAUCAAGUAUCAUUUAAAAGAAAUCCCGAACUGUUCAAUGUUUAAUAGUGAGAUCAAAAAAGUGAAAUUGCUGAUUCAAAUUGUAAUUUAUAUUUUUUUUGAAUAUAUGGACAGUCAUAAAGAAAUAACAAAUUAAAAAGAUGACCUAAAAGACUAGCAACUGAUGGUUGAUUGUAACAAUGCAUAUCGUAUUGAAGGAUCAGGAAUCUCUGUAUAUCUUAAAGACCCUAUGAAUCUUAAGGUCAUGCAGAUGUUAAAUUUGUGUCGAGCUUUUAUUAUAUAGCCGGUAUAUUCCAAUAUUUUAUAUUUAAAUGUGAAUCAUAUAUAAUCAUCUUGAUAUCGUUUUAUGUGUAUCCUAUACAUUAACAACUAUGUUGAUAAGUGUAGUGUUGAAGAAUUGUUUGAUAUCCAACCAUUAUAUUACCUUAUAAUCUGUUUGCUUAUUUUUUGUUAUUUUUUAUUUGACAAUCAAUGUCGAUUCAUAUUUUUUGAAGUAGGAAAUUGUCAUGAUGAAUAUGAAUGACAUCUAGCUUUCUCAAGGGAUUUUCCUGUAUUGCAUUUUUAAAUCACUUGUCUCAAAGGGUCACUUGGUGUCCGUCAAAUUUCAUAGUAAUUAUCGUUGUUCGUCGUCAUCCGUUAACUUUGACAAAGCAAUGCUUUUCUUUAGAACAACUUUGUCAAUUGGAAUCAAGUCUGAUCAUAUAUAUAGUAUAUAGAUUUUUUUUAAAUGUAUCCGAUGAUCCCGACAUCCAACAAGGGCCAUUACAGUUAGAAAUCGAACAUAGACUGGAACCUGAUGUUCAGUGGUUAUCGUUUAUUAAUGUGGUUCAGAAGUGUUUCUUGAUUCUCGUUUUUUUUAUGUUGAUAAGACCGUUAGUUUUCCUGUUUGAAUGGUUUGACAAUAGUCAUUUUUGGGGCUCUGUAUAGCUUGCUGUUCUGUGUGAGCCAAUCCUCCGUGUUGAAGGCCGUACUUUGACCUAUAAUGGUUUACUUUUACAAAUUGUGACUUGUGUAAACAGCUAAUUCAUAACUAUGGCUAUAUCAAUGAUAUUUCAUGUCAAAUGAAGAUUACUGUGAUACAAUAUAAAUGUACAAAGAUCCAGGUGGGAAACACAGGUUCUAGCUAUUUUUAUUUUAUAAAUAAAUUUGUAAUGUAAUUGAAAUUUAAAUAAAUUUCUCGUUGCAUGCUACAUUUUCCCGUUUAUUUUGUAUCAUAAUAUGACAUUGUGCAGUCUCUUACUUUCCAACUCUAUUCUCUUCACCGUAUCAUGUUCACUAGAAUAUGUUUCAAACUGUUAUACUAAAAACUUAAGGAAUAUAUUCCCAUUGACAAUCCUAUUCAGGACGCAACCUUAUUGGUUGUGUUAAACAAUUAUUUAACAUGUCCGACCAAUUUCACGAAGGACAGAUACAUCUUUUUCAUUUAUCAGUAAAUACUUUAUCUUAAGCAGCGAAUAUUCAAUUUCAUUAUUUAACUGACAAAGAAGAUGUGAAUUAAUAGCUCAGUAGAUAACUGUUUUGUCCUAAAUGCUCUUCAAUUUCAUAAUUUAUUUGGCCUUUUAAACAUUUUUUGAUUCGAGUGUCAAUGAUGAGUCUUUAUAGACGAAAUGCGCGUCUGGCGUAAAUAUAAAUUUUUAAUCCUGGUAUCUAUGAUGAGUUUUUUUUUUACUCUCUACCAAGCUGUUGUAUAAUGUUUUUUUCAGUCAAAAGCAAAAAUGGAAAAAAUAUAAUGAAUGCACUCAUUUUUAUGUUCCGAUAAUUAAUGUGUCAUUAACCAAAGUUCUGACUAUCAAAAUUAAAAUUUGAUGGAAUUGAAUUUUAAAAAUCAAAAUAGAUAUAAAUAUAUAUAGAGAUAUUAUAAUUUUCAUUUUA